AUGGCCAAUCACUUCCUCGUUACCAUUGUCCUUGUGGCUUUGGCAUCUUCCUUUGCCUAUGCCUCCGUUCCUAGCCCGUUGCAGGAUUUCUGUGUUGCAAUUGAUGAACCCAAGGAUGCAGUGUUCGUGAAUGAGAAGUUUUGCAAGAACCCAAAGCUUGCCACAGCUGAUGAUUUCUUCUUCCCUGGACCCAAGAUGCUUGGUCUCAACAUCCCCAAAAGUACAUCAAAUCCAAUUGGGUUGAAUGUUACUCAAGUAAACGUGGAACAAAUACCAGGACUCAACACUCUUGAUAUCUCAUUAGCUCGUAUUGACUUUUGCCCCGAUGGCCUCAACCCACCCCAUACCCACCCUCGUGCUACUGAACACGACUCAUUUAACCCAAUGGCCUCAACACGACUCAUUUAA